AUGUUGACCGCGGACGCGCCGGUGUUUUACGACGCGUCGGCGCGCAGGGACACGCUGCGGGGGUCGCUCGUGCCGGGCGCGCCGUCGCCGGACGGGGAAGAAGGAGGGGCUGCUGGGGGAGGGCCUUUUGGUUCUUCGCGAUGUUGGCAUCGUCGACUCGGAUGCCUCCCUCCGCCGGGCCUGGGACUCAGAACGGCCCUCGACGACGACGACGACGACGACGACGCGGCGGCGCCGAAACCGCCGCCGCGCGCGACGGCGUUCGUGAGCUACCCGAGGACGGGCAAGCACGUCGCGUUCGACGGGCGGUGGCUCCACGGCGCCCCGGAGGCGCUCUCGGCGAAGAAUAUGUCGGACGGAAAAGUCGGAGGUGUCGGAAAGUGGCGUACAGUGUCGGACAAACGGCGGCGGACGACGUUCCUCGUGAACGUGUGGCUCGACCACGUCCCGUCGACGGCGGCGCCGCUGCCGGACGACGCGCUGCGCGAGGUCUCGAAAGAGCCGUACGACGACGACGACGACGACGACGACGCGGCGCGCGCGGAAGAAGCCCCGGUGGACGCGUACGAGGUCGUGGAGGCGGGAGAGACGACGGACGAGGGAGAGAUGACGUCGCUGCCGGCGUUCGUUCACGCGGGAAGGACGCACCGCGCGAGCUGGCGCCUCCCGCGGCGGUGGACGCGCGGGGAGGGCGAGGGCGGGGUGGUCGACGUCGUCGCGUGCGGGGGUGGGAUGGGGAGGUCGCUCGCGUUCGCGACCGAGGGCCGCGUCGAGGAGGUGGAGGAGGAGGAGGAGGAGGAGGAGGAGGAGCCCGCGUCCUAG